CGGCGACGCGUCGAGCGCGACGGCGCCGUCAUGGGGUACUUUCACGACAGCGACGCCGACGCGAGCGAGGACGAGCGCGAUGGACGCGAUGCGAGACGCGCGAGCGGUCGCGCGACGUCGGUGACGCGACGAGAGGCGAUGGAUGCGAUGGAUGGAUUUCUGUUGCAGUUUAAUGAAAACGACGACGACGACGACGACGCGGUCGUGGACGCGCUGCGGAAGAUUCUGCGGCGCGAUGGGAACGAUGUCGAACGAAUAUCGCGAAUGAUUCGUCGCGAGGCGCGCGAGGCGCGGGCGAUGGCGCCGAGGUCGAGCGGAGAAGCGCGACGGGACGCGGCGACGGCGAGCGAGGCGUUGGCGAACGCGCGGCGGAAAUCGCGAGCGAUGGCGCGCGAGAUCGAGAAUGGUUUGCGGAUGAGGGAACAAUUCACGAAUGAAGCGACGAUGGAAACUAUGCGGGCGCGAGCGUACGAGGUUGGGUUCAAAGCGGCGAAGUUUCGUUUGGAGCUAUCGCGAGCGGCGAAAUCGUUGAGAGACGCGCAGCGAGCGGGCGAGCACGAGACGGUGUGCGCAUCUUUGCGCGAGAUGCGACGACAACUCGAGGUGUGGCGCAAGCAUGAUGGUGAACGCUUGAGCGCUGACGCGGUGCGCACCAUGCUGGAAGCUACGAUGGCGGACGCCGAGGCAAGCGUGGAAGCUGAAAUCAAGCGAGCGAUUACGUCGUGGUGCGCCGCCGCGCGCGUCGUCGCGCGCGAGGUCGCGCGCGAGUUGAUCGCGGGGAGUGACUUCGACGCGGCGAUGAUGAAAUAUCGCGAUGCUUUAGAUCCAUCAUCGUGCGCGCGCGCGCGAGUGUUGUGUGUUCGACUUUUUGGCGACGAUGAAACAGCGUUCGCGACUUGCUUGCGAGAGGUGCGGCGCGCCCAGUUGUCCGUAGACGUUGUGUCCAAGUCUUCCGCGAACGCACUUCUGAAGAGUGGGCACUCGAAACGUGCGCCAAACGCGACGACGGACGAGAUGGAACUCACGCUCGGUCAUUUUGCGAUUCAGAUAUUUGCUAUCGGGGCGUUUCCCGGCGCUUUGUCACGAAGCGAAGUCGAAACCGAGUGGAAGGAGCUCGCGGCGACGCUUCGAAAUAACAUUCUGAGUUCUGAUAGGAACGAAAUAGCUUCCGUUGUCGAGCGAACGCGCGCCGUCUGCAACGUCAUUCAAAGUGCAUUGGGAUUUCCCGUAGAGAAUCUCACAGACGCCGCGUCGGCGCUGGAAACUAUUGCACGACCGCGCGAGGACGCAGACGACGAGUAG